AUGAUGUACACCAAGCGCAUGUUACCAUUGCCAUUCGUCUGCGUUAGCUGCACGCGACGCUUGCGUGUGGCUAUCAUAGGCUCUGGGCCGGCCGGCUUCUACACAGCGCAUCGGCUCCUGCAAAAAGUGCAAGAUGCUGUCAUUGACAUGUACGAGCAACUGCCUGUACCUUACGGACUCGUGCGGUUCGGAGUAGCUCCUGACCAUCCCGAGGUCAAGAAUUGCCAGGACACUUUCGAAGAAGUAGCUCAGUCGCCGCGCUUCAACUACAUUGGCAAUGUACGCGUCGGUCACGACAUCGAGCUGGCGAAGCUUAAGCCACACUACGACGCUAUGUUAUUUUCGUACGGCGCAGAUGAGGAUAGGAGACUAGGGGUAUCAGGCGAAGAUCUUGAUGGCGUAUUCUCAGCGAGAGCGUUCGUGGGAUGGUACAAUGGCUUGCCCCAGUUUCAGAACCUGAAGCCGGGCCUGCAGAGUGGAGAGCAUGCUGUAGUCGUCGGGCAGGGGAAUGUAGCGCUGGACGUGGCCCGCAUCCUCCUUGCACCUCUAGACCACCUCAGAAAAACAGACAUCACAGAGCAAGCCAUUCAGACCCUAUCAGAAAGUAAGAUCAAGCAUGUUAGAGUGGUGGGUAGAAGAGGACCACUUCAGGUCGCUUUCACGGUCAAAGAAGCUCGCGAGCUGAUGAAAAUUCCAUCCGUCGCCUUCCACGACAUCGAUCGGUCCUUUUACCCUCCCGAAAUAAAGAAGCUGCCUCGAGUACAGAAGCGUACCGCCGAAGUCCUACUGAAGGGCAGUAUAGCUACACCAGAUGAAGUUGAUCGGUCGUGGGCGCUUGACUUCUUGAGGGCACCUGUUUCAAUGAACGCAGGAGAAGGCCUAACACACAUCUCAUCCAUGACGUUCAGAAAGCAGCAGUUUGUCCCUGGUGCCGACCCACUGGACCCGUCUGCACGGGUACAGCCGACCGAGGACGAUGUUACCAUUCCUGCAUCCCUUGCAUUCCGGUCUGUAGGCUACAAGUCAACUUCUCUGCCCGGUUUGUCGGACCUAGGCAUACCUUUCGACUCGAAGCUAGGCAUCAUACCAAAUGAUGUUCACGGACGGAUCAUCUCGCCUGACGAGGGCCCCGGCAGUCUUACAGCUGGUCACCUUGCAGGCUUGUACUGUGCAGGAUGGGUGAAGCGCGGUCCUACGGGUGUUAUUGCCAGCACAAUGCAGGAUGCUUUCACCUCUGCGGACGUCAUCGCGCAUGACUGGGAGAACAAUGUGCGAUUUCUGAACGGCACGCUCGAAGGCAGCAAGAGCAUACGCCGAGGGUGGGAUGGAGUGAGGGCGGAAGUUGAAGCACGUGGCGUGCGACCGCUCAGUUGGGCCGACUGGAAGAGAAUUGAUCAAGCUGAAAGACUGUGCGGAGAGAAGAAGGGCAAGGUGCGAGAGAAGUUCGCGAGCGUAGAGGACAUGCUCAAAGCUUUGGAUGCUUGA